AUGAUGCGCCGCGCCGCGCGGUGCGUCGCGGGCGCGACCGCGGCGUGCGCGGCGCUCACCUACGCGCAGGCGUGCGCGCUUCACGCCGCGUACUCCCCGCUGCCGGGCGCGACGGACGCGCCCACGGAGGGGAUCGCGCGCGGCGGCGACGCGAGGAGGGAGAGGAGGUCGACGGGAGGAGGCGGAGGCGGCGGGGAUCGAACCGCCGGCGGCGGCGCGCGGCGACGGUGGGACGACCUCGAGCGCGGAUCGAUCCGCGAUCGACGGCGCGACGCGCGACGCGCGGCGACGGCGACGACGACGCGACGGCGCGAGACGCGACGCGUGAUCGUCCUGGGCGACUCGCUCGUGACCGGCGUCGGGUGCUCCGUCGCCUCCGCCGCGCGCGGUCCGGUGCUCCCUCGGAUCAUCGCGGAGCGGCUCGCGUCGCUCCUCGGCGUGGACGUGGAGUGGGUCGCGCUGGGCGUCGGCGGCGCCGACGUCGACACCAUCCGCCGGGAGGUGCUGCCGGAGCUGGAGCGGAAGGUGACGCAGCUGCGGCGGCUGUCGAAUUUGAAUUUGAACGCGACAGAUGAGCGCGGCGGCGGCGGCGGCGGCGGCGGCGGCGUCGACGCGGUCGUGCUCAUGUGCGGCGUGAACGAUUUCAAGAUGGCGUUUUUCGGGCGGACGGCGUUAUCGUUUCGCCGUCAGCUCCGCGAGACGGUGAGGGAGAUCGAACGCGUCGUCGGGCCCGAGUGCGUCGUCGUGCUUCCCGGGAUGCCCAUGGACCUCGCGACGUUGUUCCCGCCGCCGCUUUCGUACGUCGCGAUCGCCGCGAGCGAGGUGUGGGACACGCAGAAGCGACGCUUGCACCUGAUGCGCGACGACGACGACGACGACGACGGCGGCGACGACGUCCUUAAGGAACGGCGUUCACCACGCGAACGCGGUCGUAUGGGAACCAGUCACGACGACGACGACGGCGGCGACGACGACCGGAACCAAAAAAACCGAGAAAACCAAAAAAACCGAAAAAACCAAACAAACCGCGAAAGCCGAGGCGGGCGCGUGCUGUUCGUGUCCAAGCCCGCGAUUCGGUGGAUGCGCGCGACCGCGGGGCGGGACGAUCUGACCGCGCGAGAUGGGAUUCACCCGAACGAGUGGGGGUACGACGCGUGGGCGCGGCACAUCGCGGAGAGCGUGUCGCCGGCGUUGGGUGGGCCCGCGCGGUGCGAGGCGGCGGGCGGCGGCGGCGGCGGCGGCGGCGGCGUCGGAUGGGAGAAUUAA